UGAUCGUGCACGGACGUUCGACGUAUCGCUGCACUGUUGCUAUCUUGGGACUUUUUGGGAGCCAAUCGCGGACAACGGUAUAUAAACGGGUGAAGGUCAGCUUUUGGUCAUCAAUACAGUUUGCGGCUUCCGAUCGGCACAGUUCACUCCAAGAUGCGUAGCCUUCUCGUACUACCGUUGCUCGUGGCCCUGGUGGCUGGAGCCACGCUUGACUUUGAGCACUACUGGACUGCUCAGGAGAUGAACGAGUACAUUGAUGAGCUGGUGAGAGACUUCCCAACUAUCGCCACCGCUGUGAACGUUGGCACCAGCACUGAGGGACGCCCGAUUCGGGCGGUGCGUGUCAGCAAGAACAACGUCGCCAACCGGCCGCUCGUGAUUGUGGAGGCUGGUCUGCGUGCCCGUGAAUGGAUCUCCCCGAUGUCUGCUAACUACAUUCUGCACGAGAUCGUUGAGCAUUACUACGAGUUCGAGCAUAUCCUGGACAACGUUAACUUCCUGGUCGUGCCGCUGGUCAACCCGGACGGGUAUGAGUUCUCGCGCACCACCAACCGGCUGUGGCUGAAGUCACGCAGCGUCAACGGCAAUGGAUGCUUCGGUGUGGAUCUGAACCGCAACUUUGGCCACCUGUGGAACACCGUCGGUGGAAGCAAUGAUCCCUGCUCGGAUAGCUUCGUCGGUACGGCAGCCUUCUCUGCGCCCGAAACUGCUGCCCUGCGCAAUCUAAUCCAAGCGAACAGCGCCAACCUGGCUCUGUAUCUGAGCAUCCAGUCAGCCGACCAGAUGGUGCUGUACCCAUUCUCUCACAGUGCCACCACCAAUCCGGCCAACGUGGCGGAGCUGCGCAAUCUUGCCAACAGCGUUGCGCUGACGCUGAUGCGACAGAAUGGACGUGUGUUCACUAGCGGUGGUGCGGGACUGCUGCAGACGCCUGCCUCGGGCAGUAGCAUUGACUUUGUGGCGGGCACGGUUCAGCCCGAUCUGGUGUUUACGCUUGAGACCGGCGCUGGUGGUAACUAUGGGUACGAUGUGCCCGAGUCGCAGAUGGCUGAGCUUCUCAGCGAGACGACGUACGGUUUCCUGACGAUGGCGGAGUACGUCGCCAACAACAAGUAGACGAACGUGAUGGGAACUUUCUAACGAUCUGGAACUUGAGUAAGGGAAGGAUGUGGAUGUUAUAUAGUAAACACACAAUUAAAAAAAAUAACUAUAAAAAUUA